GUAUUUCCACGGCGCUCCAAUGCAAUGGGUUAAGCGCGAAAAUGUUUUUUGGCGCUAAAAUAUUCAAAUUUCUACCUUGUAAUCGUUUAUAGAUCACAAAACCUUUAUUUCUCUCUAUCUCUAUACUGAAGAUGAAUCGCCAGAAAUCUAUACUUUCAUUCUUCGAGAAAACCACGCCGGAAAACCGUAGUUCCGGCGGCCGGCGAGCUCCUGCUUCGUCGGUUCAGCAAGCUAACCCGGCCACCUUCAAUCAACCGCCGUCGUCGGCCGAUGACGUCAGAGGAACCGACACGCCGCCGGAGAAGGUGCCACGUCAGCUUUUACCGGCGAGCUUCGCGCAGAAGGAGAACAACUUUGGUCCGUCCCUGUUUGAGAGCAUCAUGCAUAAAUUCGUCAAGGUUGAUGAUAGCGAAAGAGUUGGUAACAGGAGCCAGUCAUCAAAUGAGAGUUUGCCUAAAUCUUCACCAUCAUCAGGAAUAUGUACUGAUACUAAUAGUAAAGGGCUGCACAAGGAAGUUGCAGCUUUUCAACCAAUGGUGAAAGUGAAAGAUAAUGCAGUAAAUUUCAAGGAAAAGGCUAAGCAGGAAAAUAUGGUCCUGGUUAUUGACGAUAAUAUUUCUGGUCCCGAAACCCCAGGGAUGCAGCCUCUUGCCUCUCAUGCAAAGCGAAGUCGAGAGGAUGGAUCCAAGUAUUGUUCCUUGCUGGAUUCUGGCAAACGAGUCAGAUUUCUUGAUGAUUCAACAGCACCAAACAUGACUAAGAAGGAAUUAGAAGUGGCUAGCAAGUUUGAAUGGCUCGAUCCUUCUCAAAUCAGGGAUGAUAAUAGAAGAAGGCCCAAUGAUCCAUUAUAUGACAGGGCGACACUUUAUAUACCUCCAGAAGUCUUGAAAAAAAUGUCAGCAACGCAGAAACAGUAUUGGAGUGUCAAAUGUAAAUAUAUGGAUGUUGUGCUAUUCUUUAAAGUGGGAAAAUUUUAUGAGCUUUAUGAAAUCGAUGCUGAAAUUGGCCAUAAGGAGCUUGAUUGGAAAAUAACAUUAAGUGGUGUGGGAAAAUGUCGGCAGGUUGGUGUAUCGGAAAGUGGGAUUGAUGAUGCUGUUCAAAACUUGGUUGCUCGUGGAUAUAAGGUUGGACGAAUAGAGCAGUUGGAAACAUCUGAAGAAGCAAAAGCUAGAGGAGCUAACUCUGUUGUUCGGAGAAAAUUAGUUCAGGUAGUCACUCCAUCAACUGCUGUGGAUGGUAAUAUUGGCCCUGAUGCCGUUCAUCUUCUCGCAAUAAAAGAGAGGAACAAUGGCCUGGAUAAUGGUUCAGUUGUGUAUGGAUUUGCUUUUGUUGAUUGUGCUCGUCUAAGGUUUUGGGUUGGUUCUAUUGAUGAUGAUUCAUCUUGCUCUGCUUUGGGGGCUUUAUUGAUGCAAGUAUGCUCUAAAAUAUGUUGUUUCACAGGGUUGUCCAAAGAAGCUCAGAAAGCACUUAGAAAAUUCUCGUUAAAUGGUUCAACAGCACUACAGUUGACUCCAGUGCAGUCGAUCACUGACUUGGUGAACUCUGAAAUUAGUGAUUUAAUUCAGUUGAAGGGAUACUUUAAUGGGUUGUCUCAUUCACUGGAUCAUGUGCUGAGCAAAGUGAUUCAUCGUGAAAUCACCUCGUCUGCUCUUGGUGGACUGAUUGGUCAUCUAGAUAGAUUGAUGUUAGAUGAUAUCCUACAGAAUGGGGAUAUAUAUCCAUACCAAGUUUAUAGGGGUUGCCUCAAAAUGGAUGGUCCAACAUUGAUAAAUCUAGAGAUCUUUGGCAAUAAUGCGGAUGGUGGCAAAUCAGGCAAGUACAUGUUCUAUUGGAGUACACUGUACAAAUAUCUCGAUAACUGUGUGACUUCAUCUGGAAAGCGGCAGCUGAGGAACUGGAUAUGCUGUCCGUUAAAAGAUGCUGAAGGAAUUAAUAACAGGCUUGAUGUAGUGGAUGAUCUAAUGGCUCGCCCAGAGAUUAUGUCAGAUAUUGCUCAACAUCUCCGCAAGCUUCCAGAUUUGGAACGAUUGCUUGGCAGCAUUAAGUCCAGCCUUCAAUUAUCAGGCCCUCAGUUACUGCCCUUGUUGGGAAAGAAAUUAUUGAAGCGGAGGGUGAAAGUGUUUGGAUCACUUGUGAAAGGCCUUCGGACUGCUUUAAGUUUGUUGCUUCUUCUACAGAAAGAGCAGCCUCUAAUAUCAUCCUUGGCUAAAGUUUAUAAACUUCCAAUUCUGACUGGUAGUAACGGGCUUGAUCAAUUUCUUACUCAGUUUGAAGCAGCUAUCGAUAGUGACUUCCCAUAUUACCAGAAUCAUAAUGUCACAGAUUCAGAUGCUGAAACACUCACAAUACUCGCUGAAUUAUUUUUGGAGAAAGCUGCUCAAUGGGUUGAAGUUGUUCACGCCAUCAAUUGCAUUGAUGUACUAAGAUCUUUUGCUGUGACUUCUAGCUUUUCAUGUGGAACUAUGUCUAGGCCUGUCAUAGUGCCAACAUCAGAAAGUACAAGUAAAGACAGUGGGGGACCUGUGCUCAAAAUGAAGGGGCUAUGGCAUCCAUUUGCCCUUGGAGAGAGUGGAUGUUUGCCUGUCCCGAAUGACAUAAUUCUUGGUGGGAAUGAAGAUGGGUGUCAUCCUCGCACAUUGCUGCUGACCGGACCAAACAUGGGUGGAAAGUCAACACUUCUGCGUGCCACCUGUCUAGCUGUUAUUAUGGCCCAGCUAGGGUGUUAUGUGCCAUGCGAAAAUUGUGCGCUCUCAAUUGUGGAUAUCAUCUUCACACGGCUUGGAGCCACAGAUAGAAUCAUGACAGGCGAGAGUACCUUCUUUAUCGAGUGUACAGAAACUGCAUCGGUGCUUCAGAAUGCUACUCAGGAUUCUCUUGUUAUCCUUGAUGAAUUGGGACGGGGAACGAGCACCUUCGAUGGCUAUGCCAUUGCAUAUGCAGUAUUCCGGCAUCUGAUUGAAAAGGUUAACUGUCGCUUACUAUUUGCAACACAUUACCAUCCACUCACGAAAGAGUUUGCCUCUCAUCCACAUGUUACAAUUCAACACAUGGCUUGUGCUUUUAAGUCAAAAUCCGAUAGCUAUUCCAAACGUGAUCAGGAGCUAGUCUUCCUAUAUCGGCUUGCCUCUGGAGCAUGUCCAGAGAGCUAUGGGUUGCAGGUUGCCCUCAUGGCUGGAAUCCCAGAAGAGACUGUAAACAUUGCUUCAAGUGCUAGCCAGCGGAUGAAGAAAAUAGUUGGAAAAAGUUUUAGGUCAAGUGAAGAGAGAUCAGAGUUCUCAACUCUUCAUGAAGAAUGGUUGAAGACCUUAGUGUCUAUCUCACGAAUAGAGGAUUGUAAAUCUUUUGAUGAAGAUGUUUUGGAUACAUUAGUCUGUUUGUGGUAUGAACUAAAAACUUCAUUUAAAUCAGGCAACUAGAGAUAUGGAGCGCCGCAGGUAGGGUCAAUAAUCUGAGUUUUAUAGGGCCGCUUGUAAAAUUAUGCUUAAUACGUUAGUGAUUAAGCACAUUUAUUUUCAUUUUGGGAAACAAA